AAGGUUUACUCAGUCACUGCAUUGCAGAUGCAGUUGGCACGCGGGAGAAACCAACCCAGUUCACGACUUAACCGGACCAAGGCGGACGAGCUGGUUCUCGGACGAUAGCUAUUGCCAGCUGUCAGCCCGGAGGCCAAGAGGAACUUUUCCUUCUCCCCGGCCACCGUCCGACCACGGCUGACCUGAGUUGAUGCUCCGACGAGCUUGACCGUUCCCUCGGCUCUGAGAGGAAGUUCAUCGAAUUCUCUGCCAGAAGGAGCUGCAUCAUGCAGCCAGCAAUGGCGAGGAACUACGUGAGGGAGAAUGUGCCACUGUCUCGGUUCGGGGUGCUGGUGGCGCAGCUGGAGUCGAUAGUGGCUUCCGCCGCCCAGCAGCCACCGGACCCACUUCUCUGCUUCGAUCUCUUAUCUGAUCUCAUCUCCGCCAUAGAUGAGGAGCCAAAGGAAUCUAUAUUGCUCUGGCAAAGGAAGUGUGAGGAUGCCCUGUAUUCUCUGCUCACGCUGGGGGCAAAAAGACCCAUUCGCCACUUGGCUUCGAUAGCUAUGGCGAGAAUAAUUUCCAAGGGAGAUGGUAUUUCUAUAUACUCACGAGCGAGCAGCCUCCAAGGGUUUCUCUCAGAUGGGAAAAGGAGUGAGCCUCAGCGAGUAGCUGGGGCUGCACAGUGCUUGGGCGAAUUAUAUCGGCAUUUUGGAAGAAAAAUAACUUCGGGUUUGCUUGAAACCACUAGUAUCGUGGCCAAACUUAUGAAGUUUAAUGAGGAUUUUGUGAGAAAAGAAGCCUUACUUAUGCUUCAAAAUGCCUUGGAAGGCUCUGGUGGUUGUGCUGCCUUUAAUGCAUAUGUCGAGGCAUUCCGUGUUAUUACGCGAUAUGCUGUUGGCGACAAGUCAUUUGUUGUUAGAAUAGCUGGUGCAAGAUGCCUCAGGGCAUUUGCAAAUAUCGGAGGACCCGGUCUAGGAGUUGCAGAACUUGAUACUUCAGCCUCCCUUAGUGUGAAGGCCCUCGAGGAUCCAAUUUCUUCUGUUAGAGAUGCUUUUGCUGAAGCUUUGGGUUUAUUACUUGCUCUGGGAUUGAAUCCCGAGGCACAGGUUCAACCCAGGGGAAAAGGACCUGCUCCUGUGGCAAAGCAGAUUGAGGGUGGUUUGCAGAGACACUUGAUCUUGCCCUUUACAAGAGCUAGUGCACCACGGUCAAAGGACAUACGAAUCAGCAUAACCUUGUCAUGGGUGUUUUUUUUACAGGCCAUUCAUCUGAAGUAUCUGCAUCCAGACAGCGAGCUUCAAAGCUACAGUAUAAUGGUAAUGGACAUGCUACAUUCAGAGAAUUCUAAUGAUGCCCAUGCAAUGGCAUGUGUUCUCUACAUUCUUCGUGUUGGUAUCACUAAUCAAAUGACGGAACCUACUCAAAGAAGCUUCUUGGUUUUCCUGGGACGAAAGAUACAGUCUUCUGAUGUUAGCCCUGCCAUGAAAGCUGUUGCUUUGCGUACUCUAUCAUAUACUCUGAAAUCUGUUGGAGAGGUUCCACUUGAAUUCAAGGAAGUUCUUGAUGACACAGUAGUUGCAGCAGUUUCGCAUUCUUCAGAACUUGUACGUACUGAGGCUGCUUUGACAUUACGUUCGUUGGCUGAGGUUGAUCCAAUCUGUGUUGGAGGAUUGACAUCUUUCGGAGUGACCACGAUUAAUGCUUUGAGAGAAAGUAUUUCAUUCGAGAAGGGAAGCAAUUUGAAAGUUGACCUUGACUCCCUGCAUGGACAAGCUACUGUGCUGGCUGCUCUUGUCUUUAUUUCACCCAAAUUGCCGCUUGGCUACCCUUCCAGAUUGACGCAGUUGGUGCUUGAUGUUUCAAAGAAAAUGCUACUGCAAUCCACCCGAAAUCCUGCAGCUGAUACCACCGAAAAGGAAGCUGGGUGGCUACUUCUAUCCUCUCUAUUGGCUUCUAUGCCAAGGGAGGAGCUUGAAGAUCAAGUUUUUGAUAUACUUUCCUUGUGGGCCCCAACAUUUGCUGGAAAUGCAGAGAAUGAAAUUAACCAGGCUGCAAAUUUGGCAUCAUUGACAAGUGUUUGGGCUGCUGCAAUCAAUGCCCUUACUGCAUUUGUAAGAUGCUUUGCUUCUCCAGAUGCCGUAAACAAUGGGAUAUUGCUUCAACCAGUACUGGUAUAUCUGAGUAGGGCCUUGUUAUUAAUACCACUGGUGGCAGCCAAAGAAAAUGCAGUUACAAGCACUGCGAUGGCCAUAUUCACUGUUAGAAUACUGAUGGCGUAUCAGUCCCUUCCCGAUCCAAUGGCGUAUAAAAGUGACCACCCUCAACUUAUCCAAUUGUGUACGACCCCUUUUAGAGAUCCUGUGGGAUGUGAAGAAAGCUCAAGCUUAAGGUUGCUAUUGGACAAAAGAGAUGCAUGGUUAGGUCCAUGGACUCCUGGAAGGGAUUGGUUUGAAGAUGAACUCCGUGCUUUUCAAGGAGGUAAAGAUGGACUUAUGCCUUGUGUAUGGGAGAAUGAACUUUCUAGUUUUCCUCAGCCUGAGACCAUAAACAAGACACUGGUGAACCAGAAACUUCUGUGCUUCGGCAUCAUGCUUGCUUUCCAGGAUAAUGCUGGGAUGAUAUCACUUCUUGGAACUAUAGAUCAGUGUCUGAGGAGUGGGAAGAAGCAACAGUGGCAUUCUUCCAGUGUCACCAACAUGUGCGUGGGCCUGUUGGCAGGGUUAAAGGCUUUGCUUGCUUUACGUCCACAGCCACUGGGGAUAGAGGUUCUGAGUCAGUUGCAGUUGAUUUUUCAGAGUAUACUGGCCGAGGGAGAUAUUAGUGCUUCACAGCGUCGAGCAGCAGCAGAAGGCCUUGGUCUUUUAGCUCGGUUGGGGGAUGAUUUAUUCACUGCUAGAUUGACCAGAUUUCUUUUGGGGGAACUGAUUGGGGCAACGGAUCCAAAUUACGCAGGUUCAGUCGCAUUUGCUCUCGGAUGUAUCCACAGGAGUGCUGGAGGGAUGGCCUUAUCAACUUUGGUGCCUUCAACUGUGAGCUCCAUUUCCCAACUAGCAAGAAGUCCAGUGGCUGCUCUACAGGUUUGGUCUCUGCAUGGACUUCUUUCAACUAUUGAAGCUGCUGGAUUAUCUUAUGUAUCACACGUUCAGGCAACUCUUGGCCUUGCCAUGGACAUUCUUUUAUCUGAGGAGAAUGGGUUAGUGGACCUUCAGCAAGGUGUGGGCCGCCUUGUAAAUGCCAUUGUUGCUGUUCUUGGUCCUGAACUUGCUCCUGGCAGCAUAUUCUUUUCACGUUGCAAGUCUGUUAUCACAGAGAUAAGCUCCUGCCCAGAAACGGCAACUGUUCUCGAGAGUGUUCGCUUUACCCAGCAACUAGUCCUUUUUGCUCCCCAAGCUGUUCCAGUGCACUCUCAUGUGCAAAAUCUUCUCCCAACUCUGUCCUCUAGACAGCCAAUGCUAAGGCAUCUUGCUGUCUCCACUCUGCGGCAUCUUGUUGAGAAGGACCCGGGGUCAAUUAUUAAUGAGCAGAUUGAGGACAACUUGUUUCAUAUGUUGGAUGAAGAAACUGACACCGAAAUUGCAAACUUGAUUCGAUCCACAAUCACAAGGCUGCUCUAUGCUACAUGUCCAUCAAGUCCAUCUCAAUGGAUAUUGAUUUGCCGUAACAUGGUUCUUUCAUCAUCAUCUCGAAGAAACACUGAAACCAACAGAAACUCAGAAAGAGGGAAUGGCCAUGAUGGGGAAGCAGGCCCUGAUGAUGGUGAAGAUGAUGAAGACAUGGUUUCUCAUGCCAAAGGCAUGCCCAUGCAAGGUUACAUGGGCUCUAAUGUUUAUCAUUACCGUGAUAAGCAUCUAAGAUAUCGGACUAGAGUUUUUGCUGCUGAGUGCCUGAGACACCUUCCUAUAGCUGUUGGAAAAAAUCUUGCUCAUUUUGAUCUUUCAGUGGCUAGAUCCCAAUCAACAAAUAGUGAUUGGCUAGUUCUUCAUGUGCAAGAGCUAAUUUCUUUGGCAUAUCAGAUAAGCACAAUCCAAUUUGAAAGCAUGCAGCCAAUUGGUGUGGAAAUCUUAAGUAGCAUAAUAGACAAGUUCCAUUCUGCACCUGAUCCUGAGCUGCCGGGGCACCUUUUGCUUGAACAAUAUCAGGCGCAGUUAGUUUCUGCAGUUAGAACUGCUUUGGACACCUCAUCCGGACCAAUUCUUUUGGAAGCAGGGUUACAGCUGGCUACUAAGAUACUGACUAGUGGAAUAAUAACUACUGACCAAGUUGCGAUCAAACGCAUUUUUCAACUAAUUUCUCGUCCACUAGAUGAUUUUGAUGGCCUCUACUAUCCUUCAUUUGCAGAAUGGGUCUCUUGCAAGAUCAAAAUACGGCUUCUUGCUGCUCAUGCUUCUCUCAAGUGUUACACAUAUGCACUCUUAAGGAGACACCAUGCUGAAAUUCGGCAAGAGUAUGCGGCCCUUCUGCCACUAUUUGCGAAGAAUUCCCGAAUUCUUGGGAACUACUGGAUCAGGAUCCUGAGAGACUACAGUUAUAUCUGCCUUUACUUGCAUCUCAGGAAGAACCAGUGGAGCCCAUUCCUAGAUGGACUUCAAUCGCCACUGGUUUCUACUAAACUGGAACCUUGUUUCAAGGAAGCAUGGCCAGUUAUUCUGCAGGCACUGGCUCUUGACGCAGUUCCUAAGAAUGAUGAUGUGAAUGAAGAUGCUAUUAAGACUGUUCAGAUUACACAGGAGGAUAGUGUGAUAUCUGGGUUCGACAUGGUUGAAUUAAGAUCUGAAGAAUAUCGAUUUCUUUUGGGCUUUUCACUUCUGAUUCUUUUUGGCGGGCAACAAUUACCAGAUCAUCAAAAGGUGACACUUUUAGGUUUUGCAAAAAGUAGUUCUAUUGGUGACUCGGUGAUUGAAGAGACAGGUAAUGCAAACAUGAAAUUGCAUGAGGUUGUGUUGCCAGUUUUCCAGCUUCUGGCAACUGAGAGGUUCUUCAGUGCGGGAUUUCUGACAGUGGAAAUCUGCCAACAACUAUUGCAGGUAUUUGCAUAUUCCAUUCAUGCGGGUAAUUCAUGGAGCAGCCUUGCAAUAUCAGUUCUGUCCCAGAUCGUGAAAAACUGCCCUGAAGAUUUUCUUGAAGAACAGAAUUUCUCUUAUUUGGCAAUCGAACUUUGUCUAGCCUACCUCUUCAAUGCAUUUAAAAGUGCUGAUGCAGUUCCAACAGAUUGCGUGAACUGGGAUGAUCUGAUAGCUCCGAUACUAAUGGCUGCAAAGACGCUUGUGAAACGGCUGAAACCAGAGAAGCAAUUGAAAUCAGUGGUUCUGGCUUUACUGUUGAUCGGUUACAAGUGUACCAGAGCUUCUCUGACUGAGUCAUGCUUUUUGAAAGUGAACGACUUCAUCAAGUGUACGAAUUCCUUGUGGAAGACCCUGGCUUAUGACAAGUCUAAACUUGAUGGUGAUGAAGCAGCUUCCUGUUUGUUGGCAUUUUUUGGAGCUAUCCUUAAUGAGAUUACUCAUCUGACUAAGGACUGCAUAAGUGGAAUUCAUUUGCUUGAGAAUAAGAAGUCUGAUGCCCGAAAGUUGAUUCAGACUAAGCUCGCCUUUUCUUUUGAACAAACCAUUGUUAUUGCAAAGCUCGCACGUGAGUCUUUGAGAGAGGGAAAUGAUGAGAAUUCUCUCUACACUGUUCUUAAACCUUGCACACAAUCUGCGCAUGAAGUUCUUUCAAACUCGAGCAUACAGGUUCAAGCAAUUGGAUUGCAAGUAGUGAAAGGCAUGUUACAGAGAGAAACUAAUGUUAAGGAGGAUGGUUUCUUGUUAUUCUUUACUACGGAGCUAAUCAAAGAUAUCUUUUCCAUAGUCUUGAAGAUUUUACAGAAACCUGUAACCAAAGAAUCUGCAGCUAUUGUGGGUGAAUGCUUGAGAAUUUUAGUGCUCUUGCAGGCUAUCUCCAAAAAUAGUGUCUGUCAAAGGGGUUUCAUGACUCUCUUUCUGGAAGCUGUUAUCGUGGUUUUCUCAGUCCAUGAAGAAGGUUAUUCUGAGGGAAUCAAUGAUAUAAGAAGCAUUGCAAUCAAACUAGUUUCUCAUCUCGCUCAGAUUCCUUCUUCAUCAGUUCACUUCAAGGAUGCUUUGUUGUCUAUGCCUAUAGCACAGAGGCAGCAACUUCAGGAUAUAAUCCGGGCAUCAGUAGCACAGGAUCACAACCCUAUACAAUUCAAACCAGCAGCCCCACAUCUGGAGAUAAAGCUGCCAAUACCGAAGGUGGAAAGUGUAGGGAAGGAUCUCUCCUCAAGAUCUACCCAAGAUCACUCCCAGGAGGAGGAUUUGGAAAAAGAGGAGGAGCAAGAAGAAGAAGAGGAAGAUGAUUGGGAUUUCCAGUCUUUUCCAGCUUCUACCAAUAUGGCUGCUGUCAGUUCCACAGCAAGAAAAGUCACAGAGGAAGAUGAUCAAGUUGAGAAGACUCCUAGAUCUGGAAACAACUUUGAAGAUGAUGAAUUUACAGAUUUCGCAACUUCCCAACCUCAAGGACACCCUCAGAAAGAAUUGGAUUCUGAUAUCCUGAGUGAUAAAAGUGAGAUCAGAGCAUUUCAAGAAUCCAGAAAUGAUGAACAUGUUGAUGAGUCAUUUAGUCUUCAUCAUCAAAAGGUGGAAAGCGUAGAAUCACCCGUUGAAAGGAAGUUUGAUUCUGAUGCCUCAGCUGAUAAAAGGGAGAUGGGGGAAUUUGGAGGAUUGACAGGGGAUAGACAUGUCAAUGAGUCAUGUAGUCCUUAUCAUCAUAAGGUGGAAGAGGUAGAAUUACCUGUUGAGGAGGUGGAGGAACAUUUGGAGAAGCUGACUGGUCUUCGACCUCUUGAACAUGCAGGAGGACCAGUGGACGAGAAACUUGUUGAUGAUCAUGAGCAGAGAGAGUCUAGCACUGAAGGUCCAGAUGUCAUCAAAACAUACUCGCACAUUUCUACCGAAUCUUCUGAGGAUGAACAUUUAAAGGGAGCUAGUGAAAAGAACCUCGCUGAAGUUUCAGAGCAGAGACAGGAUACUGCCAGCCAUGUGGAUGGUAUUGAAGUGUCACAUCCUCCACCUCCUCAAUCAUUUGAUGAUGAACCUUGUAAGAAAUCAGAUGAUGAAACACAUACAGAUCCGCUGGUGGAGGUUGGAGAAGAUACUGGAAUGCAGUCUAUGGCUGAAAAGAAGAGUGAUAAGCUGGAGCAAGACAAUGGUGACAGUUCACUAGCUGUGAAAAGUAGAAGUGUUUCUCCAUCCUCGGAAUCUUCUGCUGAGAAGGGUGAUAUGCUGCAGCAAGGUGAUGGCGACGGCUUACUAGCCGUGAAAAAUAGAAGUGUUUCUCCAUCUUCGGAAUCUUCUUCGGAGACGGAUAGAAGUUAGUGCAGAUGUAAAGAAAUCCCCAUUGAUAUGAACUCGGGGGCUUGGACAGAUUCUCCAUCUCACAGGGGCUCUUUUGCAUCUCCCUCUGAACCAUCUCCGAGUCGCCAUUGAUACCAAGAACGAGAAAUUCUGCAGGUGCCACUGAACCGGUAAAGGAUAGUUAUCUAGUGGAAGUGGAAAAGGGGGAAGGUAAGGCGGCCCUUGGCAAAUUUAAGAUCAAGAUAUAUAGCACUGGAAUUGCUGCAGAUUUUUGCUACUGCAUUUCGCUGCGUGCCAAUAAUUACGGUUUUUUUUUUGAUAUUUAUAAGAAUCUAUGAGUUGAUAUCCGAGAUCAGUGUUGAGCAUAUUCUUUUAUUAGUUGAAGCAAAUGGUUUGUACCUGUAUUCUUCUAUACGGACCUGCUCUGAUUCCUCUCACUGCAUGUUUGUGUAAAUGCUAGGCAAUGCGUACCAAAGCUA